CGCAGUUCGCAGUUCGCAGUUCACGUACGUCGCAACAAUUCAUCUGGAACAGGACAACUUGAUCUUACGCCGUUUACACAUAGACCUUACCUUGACAAUCCUCACUGUCUGGUGUUGAAAUUACUCUUCUUCUCUCCACCUUCUCGCUGCGUUCUUCUACCCUCAUUUCUCCACUCCUCCGUGCCCUAUUCAAACAGCGCAGUUCAACAUGGCGGACCGCUUCCCUUCCAUCGAGGACAUUGAUGCAGGCGAAAGCGAUGUCCGACCAGACUCCUCGACAGCUCAAGGCAGUUUCCUAGAGCGAGAACGCGCCCUGUUGGGUGAAGAUGCCGAUCUGUUUGCAGCAGGUGACAAGACAAAUGCCGCGACUGUGGCCGAUGGCGACGACGACGAUUUACUAGGUGGAGAUGGUGGGGAUUUCACAUCUGGAGCACCCAAUACCUCGAGUGGUCAGGGCGACUUGGACGAUUUCGAGAGCUCAUUCCCUGCCAUUGAUACACGGAACGAUAACAUUGGCCCUGGUGGAACCAUCACCAACUCGGCUCUUCCAUACCACGGUUCCAGCGCUCCAGGCACCUCGGGCUACACCAACUACAACCCUCCAGUUGAAGAAGACGACACCGAACCCAUCCGUGAAUGGCGGUCGAAACGUGACGCCGAGAUCACCCGACGUGACGAAGCAAGUCAACGUAAGAAAGACGAGACCAUCGCCACAAGUCAGGAAGACAUUGAUUCAUUCUACGAAUCCUACAACCGCAAGGUCGACAAGCAAAAGGCACAGACCGCCAAAGAAGCUGAAGAGUUCCUCAAGAAUAGAGAAGACACCACCGCAGGUGGCACCAGCUGGGAGAGAAUCGCCAAAUUGGUCGAUCUGUCUGGCAAGGGUCAAUCUGGCGGCGGAGAUGGCAGUUCCAAGAAGAAAUUCCGGGAAUUGUUGGUUAGUCUGAAGAGUGAUAAGAAUGCUCCGGGUGUGGCUGGACUGUGAGAGAUGAGAGAUGCGACCUGGUUUUGUUUGGUUUGUGCAUGUCCGCUUGUCGACAUUGGCUGCCAUAUCUCGGAUCAAGGAGUAGAACAACGCUGAGAUGACAGCACGAGACAUGGUCGAUGAGUGGGGGGAUUCAAAACGUACUGUGGAAUUGGGAGCUCAGCUGAGAUGCUUUCUUACCCUGGGCCAUGUCCUUUUAUUCCAUUGACGACGCCAGAACAUAUCGACGUCAGGGUGUCGGCCCAGAUCCAAGUUCAAGAUCGUGGCGUUUAGGAGGGAAUGAUUAAUGUAACUACUAAACCUACCAUAUUCUACGGAUGGUAAUUUCCACGCACACCACGCACAGUUGAUUGCCUCAGGCCAUACUACUCAUCUAUUAUAAUCGUCGGCAUCACUGUCGUCGAAUGACCCUUGAAUUACCCAUAUCAUCACCUUGUAA